AUGAUUGCGUCCUGCAGCGGCCCCUCUCCUGCGCCCGAGCGCUUCACGGAGACAAUCAGCACCGAUGGCAGCCCUGUCGACUUCAAGCUCGAUUUCGAGCCCGACACGCCGCCACAGGCGCAGCUGCAGCCGGCUGCAGACAGCGAGCCGACUGCGGUGCAGAAAUUCCUGUUUCCUGAUAAAGAGGAGCUCCCGGACGAUUUCGAGCUGCCGAUCUGGGACCACCUGGAGGAGCUGAGGGAGCGCGUUCUGGUGGCCGGGCUGGCGGCGCUGGUGGCCAUCGUCGGCUGCUUCUGCUACAGCAAGGAGCUGGUGUUGUUCCUGGAGGCGCCUGUGGCUGACGCGGGGGUGCGGUUCCUCCAGCUCAGCCCCGGGGAGUUCUUCUUCACCACCUUUAAGGUGGCCGGCUACUCGGGCCUGCUGCUGGCGGCGCCCACCGUGCUGUACGAGAUCAUCGCCUACGUUGUCCCGGGUCUGACUAAGGCGGAGCGCACCUUCCUGGCGCCAGUGGUGUUUGGGUCGUCCAUCCUGUUCUAUUUCGGCCUGGUGUUCUCGUACGAGAUCCUCACCCCCGCGGCCCUCAACUUCUUCGUGUCUUACGCGGACGGCGCCGUGGAGUCCCUGUGGUCCAUCGACCAGUACUUCCAGUUUGUGCUGGUGCUCAUGCUGUCCACGGGGCUGUCGUUCCAGGUCCCGGUGAUCCAGGUGAUGCUGGGCCAGCUGGGCGUGGUGACGUCAGAGCAGAUGUUUGGCCUCUGGCGCUAUGUGGUCGUCGGCUCAACGGUGGUGGCCGCGGUGCUGACGCCGUCCACGGACCCCUUCACACAGGCGCUGCUUGCGAUCCCGCUGGUGGGGCUGUACUUUGGCGGCGCCGCGGCGGUGCGGCUCAUAGAGCAGCGCAAGGCGGACGCGGCGGCGGCGCUCAAGCAGCACGUGGCCACAGCUGCGGGCGAUCCCGCGGGCCGCAACGCUGGUGCCACCGCCACCGCGGCCGCAACUGCCGGUGACGCCGCCGCUGUCGUCGCCGCCGCUGCCGCCGAGCCAUUAACCCCUGCUGCCGCAGUACCUCUGUCGGACCCCUUCCUGUCCGCCACCCCCUUCAACAGCGGCGUCGCCACCGAUGCCGCCAACGCCGCGCCUGUCGCCGCCGCUGCCGCCGCCGCGGCUGCGCCUCCACCCGCUGCCACGCCCAGCGGCGGCCUCGUCGGCGCCGUCGUGAAGCUGGCGCCCGCGGCGGCCGUCCGUGCUGCUGUCCUGGCUGACGGCGCCCAGGCCGCCGGCGCAGAGCCCCCAAUAAUUGCGGCCAUGCGCGCAAGCGGCCUCGUCUCAAUAUUGGAGCAAGACCGCUACGUCUCGACCCAGCAGGCGACCUGCGUCCCCGGCAGCGCGCUCGCCGGCGCGCAGUCCCCCGACGAGGUCCCCGCGGCCGCGUGGCCAGGCUGUGCGGGGCCGAGCGCGACGCUGGUGUGGUUUGGCGACCGCUGCAGCAUACGAUUUGACAGGGCGCGCUAUGCCGGCGUGUACGCAGUGGACAAGGGCACCGGCGCGCCAAUCCCCGGCUGCCUCAUGACGCGCAACCGCACCGCCGCCUUCAACCAGCUGUUCUUGGGCGACUGCGGCACGCCCCCCACGAUCGCCCCGGCCCUGCCCGUCACCAACAUCUGCGCCCCCGCCGCCCAGCCCGGCACGGCCUGCGCGGGAGCGAAGGACGUCGCCGGCGGCCUCGCGGCAACGCUGCCGGCCCCCGCGUCAUGCGGCGCAGCGAGCGGGCAGAGCGUCGUGUACAAGGGGGUCAGGUGCGGCCCGAGGCAGGCGUUCAUCAAGUGGACCCGCUAUGCCGUCGCAGCAGACGGCGCCGUGGGCCCGAGCGGCACGACGUGCGCUCGCAACAAGGUGCAGUCGGCGUCGUUCCCGGGGGUGGCGCCGCUGCUCGCGGCGAGCGCGGACAUGAUAGGAUCCUGUGGCGUGCCGCCCAUGGCCAACAAGGCGUUGCCCGUCGAGGUGUGCCCCGCGGGCACCUCGCCCCCCGGCAGCACCGGCGGCGGCGACGGCGGCGCGAGCGGCGACGGCAGCGCGGCGCCCGCCGGGCUGAAGCUGCCGCUGCCUGUCAGCGUCCUCCCAACCGAAGCCCAAAAGGCUGGCGAGACGGUGCCCUGGGGCGUCGCCCGCAUCGAGUCCAACCUGGGCAAACAGGUUACUAAGCCCCUGGACAGCGUCGUCGCCGUGCUGGACACCGGCAUUGAUGACAGCCACCCCGACCUGGUGGUGGCUGGCGGCGUGUCUUGGGUCGGCACCGACUGGCGGGACCGCAACGGGCACGGCACCCACGUCUCCGGCACCAUCGGAGCCAAGAACACGGGCGCCGGCGUCGUCGGCGUCGCCCCCGGCACGCCGCUGUUCGCGCUGCGCGUCCUGGACGAGAACGGCAGCGGCACCUUUGCCAGCGUCAUCCAGGCGCUGCUGUGGCUGGCCAAGAACGGCCGGUCAAAGGGCAUCCGCGUGGUCAACCUCAGCCUGGGCGGCGAGGCGCCUGCCAACGCGGCGGGCAGCGCGACGUGCGCGGCGGUGAAGCAGGUGGUGGACGCCGGCAUUGUCGUCGUCGCGGCGGCGGGCAACGCGAUCGGCACCAGCCCCAGGUCAUGGACCACCCAGCUCCCCGCGGCCUGCCCAGAUGUCAUCGUCGCCACCGCCAUAACCAGCGCGACCAGCGGCAACGCCCCCGCGACCUUUUCCUACUUCCUGUCCGCCGCCGACUCGGCCGACGAGCGCUCGCGGACGCGCACUUUUGCGGGCCCCGGCGUGGACAUCCGAUCUUCCUGGCCGGUCAAGCUUGCGGGGGCCAAUGGCGCCUACAGGACCCUCAGCGGAACCUCGAUGGCCGCCCCCCACAUAUCCGCAGUUGUGGCCAAGUGCUUCUCCGCCGGUGUGUGCACCGACGCGGGCGCGGGCGCCGCCGAGCCGCUGGCCGCGGCGGCGAGGGCGCGCAACAUCGGGGACGCGAACUACGGUUAUAAGACAGACCCCUUUUUUGGGCGGUCCAAGGUUGGCGCCGAGAGAUACUAUGGAGCACUGGUCCACGCGGGCUGGCGGCCCGCGAGCAGCUCUCCAGGGAGCGGAUGA